GAACGACCCAGCGAAGUUCGUUGUUAUUCCGAAAUUUGUAUCUGCAGAGAUUAGAAAGUCUUGAUCCGAUCAGUGAUCAAAAGAUGGCCUGGGGAAAUCUUCGAAAUUGAAUUAAGAUUUUUUUUUCUGUUUGAUCUCUCCGGUUGAUUCGAAGCUGCUUCUCUGCGUUUCCGCCAUGGCUGCUCCUUUUUUCUCAACUCCAUUUCAGCCCUAUGUUUAUCAGAGUCCACAAGAUGCCAUGAUACCUUUCCAAAUAUUGGGUGGUGAAGCUCAGGUGGUUCAGAUAAUGCUGAAGCCUGAAGAAAAGGUUGUUGCAAGGCCUGGUUCAAUGUGCUUCAUGUCUGGGUCAAUUGAAAUGGAAAAUGUAUUUCUUCCUGAAAAUGAAGUGGGCGUGUGGCAUUGGCUUUUCGGCAAGAGCAUCACUAGCAUAGUUUUUCGUAAUUCUGGCCCAAGCGAUGGAUUUGUUGGUAUUGCUGCUCCAUCUCUUGCCAGAAUUCUCCCGAUUGAUUUGGCAAUGUUUGGUGGAGAAAUUUUAUGCCAGCCAGAUGCAUUUCUUUGCUCUGUCAAUGAUGUCAAAGUCAGUAAUACAGUCGAUCAUAGGCCACGUAAUGCCAUUGCUGGCGCAGAGGGAUUUCUAAGACAAAAACUAUCUGGCCAAGGGCUUGCGUUUAUACUUGCUGGUGGAUCUGUUGUACAGAAAAAUCUUGAGGUUGGUGAGGUACUAGCUGUUGACGUGUCUUGCAUUGUCGCGUUGACUGCCACAGUCAAUAUCCAAAUCAAAUACAAUGGUCCCAUGAGAAAAGCAAUGUUCGGGGGCGAAAAUCUAGUAAUGGCCGUUCUAACAGGACCGGGUAUUGUCUUCAUCCAGAGCUUGCCAUUUCACCGACUUUCCCAGCGCAUUGCUAGGGCAGUCACCUCCCCAAAUAUGAGGGAAAAUCCGAAGUUUUUCCUUCAGAUAGCCAUUUUCUUUUUUCUGGCAUAUGUCGUGAUUGUAUCUUCCUUGAUUUUAACCGAUGUAUAAAUCUAACUUCUUUUUUUUUUUUUUUAUUCCUACAAAUACCCAGCAUCAUAUUCUCCUUUUUCCGACUGUUGGUUCAAGUGUAGUUUUAUUCAAU